AUGUCACACUCAAUUCAUUCAUCAAUCAAGGAUAUUCAAAAGGAUAUGUACUUUGGCACCGAGGUGCUCAAUCGUGUUUCAUUUCUUCGUGAGGAUAAUGAGUUUAUUUCAAAGUCUAUUUUCCAUCCAAGCACCAGGUUUAUUUUUUUCAACAGACAGCAACCAUUGGUAUAUCGUCAAUACGGAACAAAACUUGCAACAUUGACCAAUGGCAAUAACCAAAUCAACAUAGACGAGUUAACUCCAGGGGUUCACGAUAAGUUGGGAUACAUGGGUAACACACAGUUUCUUUCUGGCGGAUUAUAUGAUAACAUUCCAAACUGGAGAGAUAUCUUGAGUACAUGGAAUGAAGAUAACAAGCACCAUAACCCGGAUUUGAGAUCAGGUGAGAAGCCCGUUUUUUUGUUUAUGGGACUUUUAGACGAGUCUAUUGGGUUAGAUAUCAAUACAUUGAAGGGAGAAGAAGCUGAGGACAGCGAUAUUUCUAAACUUUCAAACGAAGACGGAGAGAAGUAUUUGGAUCAUCAAGGAAGGUAUCAAGGUAUUGCAUACUACGCAGUGGAUGUCACCAAGAACCACGAACUCAGUAAACAAUUGGUUGAGUUUGUUAACAACUCCAUCAACGAGAAGGACAGGACAACUCUGACACCAGAGGAAAAUGGCGUGUACUAUACACAUUCCAGAAAGCAUUUCCUUUCCUUUGAGCACAAGGAGGCAAGCCUAUACAGUCAUGGUGCAAUGUUUUUCAAUUGGCUCAAGACCAACAAGUUUUGUCCUGGAUGUGGCCAUCCAACUAUACCAAUACAUGCUGGAGGAAAAUUGGUUUGUACCAAUGAAGAAAAGACAAAACCAAGACACUCAUCUACUGCGUCGUCUGCUAGCUCCACUGGUUCACCAGAUAAGUUGGAACCGCGAUUUGCCUGCCCUGUUCGGAGCGCAACAGUGUCAAACGUGCUGUUUCCACGUACUGAUAUGGCCAUCAUUUCCAUUAUCACCAACCGUGAUAGAAGCAAGAUCCUUUUGUCUCUUGGAAGGCGCCAUGCUGCCACCAAGAUGUAUUCAUGUACAGCAGGGUUUAUGGAACCAAGUGAAACCGUUGAAGUAGCAACAAAGCGAGAGAUUUGGGAGGAAACCGGUGUCACUUGUGAUGAAGUGCAAAUUGUGAUGACUCAGCCUUGGCCAUUUCCUUCCAAUCUUAUGAUUGGGUGUAUGGGUAUCGUAGAUUUCAAUGACAAGAAUGAAGUGAUUCACUUGGGGCAUGACAAUGAGCUUUUGGAUGCAAGAUGGUUUGAUGUGCUGUUUGUGCGAAAACUAGUGUACCCAGACGAAAUCGAAGAAGAGGAAAAAGACUCCUUCAACCCCGAGGGGAUCCUCAUACCAAUGUCGGAGUCUAUAGCGUUUUCGUUGAUCAAAUUAUGCGUCGAUGAGGCAAAAAAGAAGCAUAAACUCUGA